AUGACUAAUUUACAAGAAAUAUCAAAUUACGAAUUAAUAAGCGAACUCAAAAGGCGUUUAGAUCUUAAUAUUAAUAUUGAAAAAAAUACGCCCACGCGAUUAUAUGAAAACCAACCUAAAAAUCUCUUAUCUUUCGAACAAAAAGAGGUAAUGGGAUCACAAGUUCUUUUUACUUUUAUACAAGUUUUUAAAGAAUACACGGAAGGACUUAAUUUUAACCAGCGGGAAACCGAAAGAAUACAAUUGACAUUUGACA